GGGGGCCGGCGGGGGGGGGUGUCGCGGCGGUGGCGGCAGGCAUGGAGCGGGGCCGCCGGGCGGGGAGUUCCAGAAGAUGCUUCAGUGGCCAUCUCUCUCUUACAAUGCAAGUAAUGAAUGAAUUCAUUAACUAACAUCCCCCUCCUCACCCUGCUCUCCGAUAGACUUCCUGGAACUCUUGGAAGAAAGGGUCAGGGGAGAAGGGUUGCAAGUCACCAUGAAGCUAAAGCAGCGAGUCGUGCUCCUGGCCAUCCUCCUCGUUAUCUUCAUCUUCACAAAAGUUUUCCUCAUUGACAACUUGGACACCUCAGCUGCCAACCGGGAGGACCAGCGCGCCUUUCACCGCAUGAUGGCGAGCCUCCGCAUAGAGCUGGACCCCCGCCUCGACCACACGUUGCAGUCCCCCUGGGAGAUUGCAGCCCAGUGGGUGGUGCCCCGGGAGGUGUAUCCCGAGGAGACGCCCGAGCUAGGGGCUGUUAUGCACGCCAUGUCAACGAAGAAAAUAAUAAAAGCUGACGUGGGAUACAAAGGGACCCAGCUGAAAGCUUUGCUAAUACUUGAAGGAGGACAGAAGGUUGUCUUCAAACCCAAGAGAUAUGCCAGGGAUUAUGUAGUGGAAGGAGAACCAUAUGCUGGCUAUGACAGACACAACGCAGAAGUGGCAGCCUUUCACUUGGAUAGAAUUCUGGGUUUCCGACGAGCUCCACUGGUGGUUGGCCGGUUUGUGAAUCUACGUACAGAGAUCAAACCGGUUGCCACAGAGCAGCUUCUGGGCACCUUCAUGACUGUAGGUAAUAACACUUGCUUCUAUGGAAAGUGCUACUAUUGUCGGGAAACAGAACCAGCUUGUGCAGAUGGGGACAUCAUGGAGGGGUCAGUGACUCUGUGGCUACCAGAUGUCUGGCCUCUUCAGAAGCAUCGACACCCUUGGGGUAGGACUUACCGUGAAGGCAAACUUGCCAGGUGGGAGUAUGAUGAAAGCUAUUGUGAUGCUGUGAAGAAGACUUCACCUUACGACUCGGGUCCCCGUCUGCUUGAUAUCAUUGACACUGCAAUAUUUGACUAUUUGAUUGGGAACGCUGACCGGCAUCACUACGAGAGUUUUCAGGAUGAUGAAGGAGCCAGUAUGCUUAUCCUUCUGGAUAACGCCAAAAGCUUUGGAAACCCUGCCCUGGAUGAAAGAAGCAUUCUAGCUCCUCUUUAUCAGUGCUGCAUCAUCCGGGUUUCUACCUGGAACAGACUGAAUUACCUGAAGAAUGGAGUACUGAAGUCUGCCUUAAAAACUGCCAUGUCGCAUGACCCCAUCUCACCAGUGCUUUCUGACCCUCAUCUGGAUGCCCUAGACCAGCGGCUUCUCAGCAUUCUGGCUACAGUGAAGCAGUGCACAGACCAGUUUGGGCCAGAUGUUGUGCUGGUGGAAGACAGGAUGACACUGUCUCAUUUGUAAUUGUAGUGGACCACAGAUGAAACUCCUUUUUUUAAAAAAAAAAACAAACAAAAAAAGCGAUAGAAAAACAGCACAAUCAGUUCUGACAGGCUGUGGCCACGAUGGACUGAAAUGAACAGGAAGCUUCCGAGCCAGAGAAACAGAGGUGACGCUGGCUUUUACCGUGGGCUGACAGCAGCGAGAGGUGGGAAGUUUGAGCCUUGGAUGGCUCAGUACCCGUAGUGGCAUCUUGGCCAUCGCGGUGUGUCCAUUGCCGGCAGUGGACGUUGCACUGGAUGAAAAUGGCUCUUGGUGUUGGUGGAAGUGCGUGGAAUACGGACACUAAUUUGUGGACUGAUUCUAGAGGGGUGAAACGGAGGUGAACAGUACGGUCCACUCCCCUUCUCUUCACCACAUACGGUUGUGUGAGUUUUUGUCUGAUUCAGGGUUGUAUGUAAUCAGCUGUGAGCUGGUUAGGCAUUUUACUGCUUCUUUAGAGAAUGAGGAAGUGGUGAAUAAAAUAAUGACUAGACUGAAGAGUUGCGCCCCCACCCCAGGGGGUGGGAUGUUCUUCUGAAUGCCAUUAGGGGUGGGAGAGGGGACCUCUGCUGCUCAGCUGCCCUCUCCUCAAUAAAAAGCUGAGAAAGGGGGUUGCCUCACUUGUGAUAAAGGUUCAGUGUUAUCACUGAAGUCCUAUCAAAGAUAUAUCCACAGGUUGGAGAUUUAAAGGAGGACAGGGUGGUUAUAUAGCACUUGAUAGUUAAGGGGUUAAAGUAAGUUUCCACAUGUCCUGUCACUGUUUUCCCUUGGUAAGGAACCUGAUCUGAGUUGAGGAAAUAUCUUUGCAGUCCUGUUGCUGUGUUAACCAAAUUUUUGUUACGUUGUAGCUGAGAAGGACAGAAUCUGUCCUUGGAACCACCUUGGAACCAGGUUCCAUUUAGCGAAGUCCUGCUGCUUACUGCAUGUCCCUUUUAAUUUGGAGAAUCUGGACGUGUUGCUGGACUUCCCCAGUAACCAAGAGCCAUGGGCAAGGCCCUGAAGAGUGGAGAGAACCCUGAGCCAUACUCUUUUCUCAUCAACUCCCCCAGAGAGAGCUUCAUGCUGCUUGAUGCUGCAGUCCCAGCUCAGUGCUGCCGUUGCAUGGAACGCCAGCAGUUUUUCAGUCCCACCUUCUACCUGGCCCAUCUUACAGCUGAGCUCUGAAGCUGUGAGCAUUUCCAGUAAGUUUUUCUGCUUUGCUGCUUCCUGCAGUCCCCACUGGGAUGUUCUGACGGAGCGGGGUGUUCAUCCUUGUGUCUUCACUCCUAAUGGUUUCACCAUCAGGCGAGGAAAUGUCUGUGCGAGUUGGCUUUUUGGGGUGACCUCACAGCACUCAUCUGUGCUAGUCCUGUCAUCCUUCAGCACUGCAUCAGUCUGCACCACAGACGAGCUUGUGGCCAUGAAACUUGUCACAUCGUGGUAGGUCUGAAUCUGUCUCUAGAAGGGGAAGCACUUUCUUCAGCAGGUUUCCAAAUUUAAAGACUUUACAUCAAUUUUCAGUUCACACAGUAUGGUCCUUAGAAGUAAGGGAACAUAUCACUUCCCUGAUUAUAUCUUAUUGGACUUGUGAGCCAGAGCAGCAAAAUGUCAGUUUAAGACCUUUUCCUUGAUGUGUCUGUCAAAAUCUUUCCACCUCUGCAGCAGUGUGGCAGGCAGAUGAAAUGAAGAGCUGUUUACUGGCGCUUGCACCUGCUGCCACACCUGAUCAAAGAGGUAUGAGUGAAAGAGGUUAUUUUAAAAUGUAGUUUUAUUUUGUUGAUGUCUUUUUGUCAUUUUCUGAGCAGAAUAUCUUGAAAGUAGAAUGCAGCUGUUCUCCUGAAAUGGGCUUUUAUGUUCUUCUAGAUGUCUUUUGGACUUGGCUACAUCACAGACUCACUCCACAGUCAGGAUUGGAGCCAGAGUUAUUUAUUGGUGUUGCUAGUCAGGACUGAUGCACAGACAGCCUUUUGGACACUGGUGCUAAACUGGUGCCUCUGUGGCUGUACUGGACAAUGUAACACAAACUUAAGAAGCCCUGGUCCUUUGUGCAUUUAGCCCGUGUGGAUGGUGCCUGGUGGCUUCCCUUCGUGCAGCGCCAAGUGCCCUGGGCUGGCACGUCCUGUGGCCUGCAGUCACAUCUCACUGGCUGGGAGGUGCUGUGAGUAACUGGUGGUGAGUGAAUGCUUUUGUUCUGAAGCAGAAUAGGUCCACACUAAGCCAUUUUGGCAUAAACUUGUUUCCCAAAAAGUUCAAGGUGAUAUACAUGAGAGGGGAGACUGACGCACAUGAGAGCGGCUUGAAGUAUUUUAAAGUUUUUUUUGUUUUGUUUUCUCUGAGCAAAAUCAUGAGCACUUAAUAUUUUGGGAAGGCUCUGUGGAAGUUUGAAGUUCAGAUUUGUAUUUCAGCACUGCUGAUGAUUCACGUUUGACUUAGUAACAAAUUCCAAAAAGCCCUCUGUCUUUAUGAAAUGAAUGUCCAAGGCUUAUGCUUUGCUUGUUUAUGGGCUUCUAAGCUGAACCUUGCAGUCAGAUCCCAUUUGGGGAUAAGUUUUCCCCCAGUAUGAAUGUCAAAGAUUUAAAGUACUGUACUGGUUUAGUUGUAAACAAAGGGCAUGAAGUCAAGCAUCGUCAUUUAGGAGUAAGCAGGAAAUAGGUGCUUUUUUCCUUCUUUUUUGUUUGUUUGUUUCGGUCAUAUUGACUCUUCUGGUCACUCUAAACACCGCAGGAGCUUGGUGUUCUGCAGCAGGAAAAAGAAUCAAUUCCUCUUUUACCCAGAAUCAGGAAGAUUUUGGCAUUGUAGUAAUCACGGGUGUUUUGGCAGUGAUUGUUGUUUCACUUUAAUAAGGAACCCUGAGAAAUUUGAAGUCAGUUGUAACCAUUGCAAAGGAAAUAAGAAGCAACAUCCAGAUGCAAAACGGAGUCUGCUUGAAUCUCUGAAAAUUGUUGUUUGUGAGGCAGGUGCUACGCUGUCUGUCGAUGAGGUUUCAUGACGCUUCUAAUUCUUGUUCACUGUGCACACUGUAAUUCGCUGGCUCCAGAUGUUACAAAAUGGUUAUGUUGUGGAUGUUAGUAAUAUCAGAGCGCUUGAAGCACAGAAAUCAAGAACUAAUUAAAAAGAGAGUAUCAUCAGCCAUCUGCUAUUUAUCUCCUCCUUCCGAAGGCAGCAGUCGGGCUGGAGGAACCACUGAAAUCAGCUCCUCUUCCAGCAGCUAAUGAACUGGAGUGUGUCUUGCCAAACAAACUUCAACUGAAAAAUAAUAAUUUAUUAAGAAGGUAAUUUAUUUGCUGUGGCAGCUGGAGCAAGAUGCUUGAAACAGACACCCCUGUCGGAGCUGUCAGAGGAUUGCCCCUGGGAGCAGCUGCACAAAUGGAGGUUGCUAAUAAGAAAACGGAAUGCAAUCAUGACUUUCUACUUGUAUCCCCCAGGGUCAAAUCCCGCAUAAAGCAACAUUGUGUGAAUAAAGGUUUUAAUAAAGCAACGCUGAUGGAUUGUU